CGAGGGGCAGCCCGGGGUUGGCGGCGCCUUCGGUUGAGGUCUCGGGUUCGGGGCCGCCGAGUCGAGCGGCUGCGUGGUCUCGUGAGCGCCGCGGCUGUCCCGUCACCACGCUGUUGAGCACGAAGACGCAGGUUGUUGGGCCUUCAUCGUAGGAGCAGGUGAGGUGUGUGGGCAGGCGAAUUACGGAGGCCUUGGAGAAGGUUGCUGGAGAAGGAAUCACAGCUGUGAUCCAAAGGACCCUCCCCUUUCCUCGGGCACACUCUGCUUUGGUGCAGGGCAAUGGCUGAGGAAAGUCAGGAGAUUGGUGGCAUCCAUUUCCCGUUUCCCUUCCCACCCUAUCCUAUCCAGAAGGACUUCAUGGCAGAGCUCUACAAGGUUUUGGAGGCUGGCAAGAUUGGGAUAUUUGAGAGUCCAACCGGCACAGGCAAGUCCUUAAGUCUUAUUUGUGGGGCUCUCUCCUGGCUCCGUGACUUUGAACAGAAGAGGUUACAGGCGGAGGCUCGUCUUCUUGCACCUGGGUCUGGCCCCACGUGUGGUGGGAAGAACUCGCUCCCACCUUGCUCACCUUGCCAAGAGCCCUGUGACACCCCGAGGCCUGCUGGAGAGCCCGACUGGGUCACUGAAUUUGUUCAGAAGAAAGAAGAAAGGGACCUGAUAGAGAGACUGAAGGAGGAGCAGGUGAAGAGGAGGAAGCGAGAAGAGCGUCUGCAGCAAGCCUGCCAGGGUGGAAGGCUCAGGUGUGCAGCAAAGCGCACGAAACAGGAAGAAGAGGAGACGGAGACUCUCUUGCGCCUCAGCAAGGAGAUGCUGGCUGAAGGGACGGGACUGGAGCAGCUGGAGUGUGGGGAGGAGGCGCUGCUUCUGGCAGAGUACGAGAGUGAUGAGGAGAGCAGAGCCAGCAGGGUGGAUGAGGAUGAGGAUGACUUGGAGGAAGAACAUGUAACCAAAAUUUAUUACUGCAGUCGGACACACUCACAGCUGGCCCAGUUUAUACAUGAAGUACAGAAGAGCCCUUUUGGCAAGGAAACCCGGCUAGUCUCUCUUGGCUCUCGGCAGAAUCUGUGUGUGAACGAAGAUGUGAAAAGCCUGGGUUCUGUGCAGCUUAUGAAUGACCGCUGUGUGGACAUGCAGAGAAGCAAACAUGAGAAGACCGGAGCUGGGGAAGACAUGCCAAAGAAAAGGAGACGGAGAAUCCAGACCUCUUGCCCCUUUCACAACCAUGAGCAGAUGCAGCUUCUUCGGGAUGAGAUUCUGCUGGAGGUGAAGGACAUGGAGCAGCUUGUGGCCCUCGGGAAGGAAGCACGGGCCUGCCCCUAUUACGGAAGCCGCUUUGCCAUCCCUGCAGCCCAGCUCGUGGUACUGCCUUACCCCAUGCUGCUGCAUGCAGCCACCCGACAGGCUGCAGGAAUCAGGCUGCAAGGCCAAGUGGUCAUCAUUGAUGAGGCACACAACCUGAUAGACACCAUCACCAGCAUCUACAGCACAGAGGUCAAUGGUUCCCAGCUCUGCCAGGCCUAUUCCCAGUUGCUGCAGUACAUGGAAAGAUACGGGAAGCGUUUGAAGGCCAAGAACCUCAUGUACAUCAAGCAGACCCUGUACUUGCUGGAGAGAUUUGUGGCUGUUUUAGGGGGUAACGUCAGGCAAAAUCCUCGCACGCAGAGCCUGCUCCACACAGGGUCUGAGCUGAAGAGCAUCAACGACUUUCUCUUUCAGAGCCAGGUGGACAACAUCAAUCUGUUCAAGGUGUCUGACUUUCGGGAUCAGCUGCUGGCAUGUUCUGGAGUGGAAGCUGAGCGGGUGGUGGAGUUCUCUUGUGGUCAUGUGAUCCCUCCAGACAACAUCUUGCCCCUUAUUAUAUGCAGCGGGCCCUCUAACCAACAACUGGAAUUCACCUACCAGAGAAGAGAUCUGCCUCAGAUGAUGGAGGAGACAGGCCGCGUCCUCUGUAACCUGUGUAACGUGGUCCCUGGAGGGGUGGUGUGCUUCUUCCCUUCCUAUGAGUACCUGCGCCAGAUACAUGCGCACUGGGACAAGACUGGCCUGCUGGCACGCUUGUCCGUCAAGAAAAAGCUAUUCCAGGAGCCCAAGAGAGCAAGCCAGGUGGAGCAGGUGCUGAUGGCGUAUUCCAAGUGCAUUAUGUGCUGCGGUCAGGCAGGAGGCCAUCUGACAGGGGCCUUGCUCCUCUCUGUGGUUGCAGGGAAGAUGAGUGAAGGGAUUAACUUCUCUGAUGACCUGGGCCGGUGUGUGGUGAUGGUGGGGAUGCCGUACCCCAACAUUAAGUCUCCAGAGCUGCAAGAGAAGAUGGCUUACUUGGAUCAGACCCUGCCUAGGACACAAGGUCAGGCCCCCCCAGGGAAGGUGUUGGUGGAGAAUCUGUGUAUGAAGGCUGUAAACCAAUCCAUAGGCAGGGCCAUUAGGCACCAGAGAGACUUCGCCAGCAUUGUGUUUCUGGAUCAUCGGUAUGCCCGCCCUCCUGUCCUGGCGAAGCUGCCAGCAUGGAUACGAGACCGUGUGGAAGUCAAAGCCACCUUUGGGCCUGCCUUUGCUGCUUUGCGGAAGUUCCAUCGGGAGAAGGCACAACCCUGUCUGCCAUAGGCUGUUCUUUUGCUUAGCCUAAGAUUGUCAAAAGCAUAUGCAGACUGUAAAGACUACAUCAGCUUUCCAGAGGCAGUGAAUUCCAUUGUUGAGAAGCCACCAGGACAAAUCCAGUUCACCCUGAAGGAACAUGGCCUGGAACCUCUUUCAGGGCCCUGCUGUCCACAGGGUCUCCACAUUCAGGUCGUGUUGACUGUGUCUCCAGGAGGAGGUGGAUCUCUCUUGUUUGGCUGCUGCUCCUUCCUGAAGCCUGGGGCAUCUCUUCUAUUCAGCCCCCAAUGCCACCACACAUACCAUGGUCUCAGAAGCAACGCGAGAGGGUCACUAGACUCUCGAUGUGACUACUUUUAGAGUCCCUUUGUCACCAGGGCAUUCUUGACUGUAGAGAAAUAGCCCUCACUCUGCAGUAGUUGUCAGCUCUGUUUUGAACCCAGAAAAUAAGCUCUACUCCCUCAAACAUUCCGUCUCACUGCUCAGACCACCAGAGCAGAGGGCAGACCAUGAUCUGUUCAGCCAUCUCCAUCUGACAAGCCACCCUCCCCUUCUCUUACUGAAUAAAGGGCAUUGUUCACGUGGGCUGAGGCCCGAAAAUGCCAUUCCUUA